AGCAUCUUUAAAAAUCCUAAAUGGAAAAAGAAAGUUCAAAUAUACCUUCUUCAAUUUUAAAUGUACGUAAACAUCAUAAACAAGCUUACACAUACUUAUCAAAUGCUUUACAAAUCGAUGAACGCGAAGAUGCUGCAAAUAUGCUGCUCGGUUUUUGGCUAUAUAAUGGUGGUCUCUUAAUUGGUCUAUUUAGCGACAAGCAUUUUCAAUAAAAUCAUACACUGGAAGGGUUACUGGAACUUUAACAUGUGUUUGGUUGGCUUUUUGCCACUGAUUAAAGGUGGUAUCUUCUAUGCUGUGUCUAUCAAACAAAGCAAUAACUGCAUUAAAGAUGAAGAAAAAGUAUUGGCUGAAUACACAAAAGGUGUAAAAGAAUUAGAAAAAGGAAUAGAGAUUUGUUUAGUUGGUUCAGGUCAAGAUUAUGAUCGAGCUAGGAAGCUGCAGGACAAAAUGAGCAGUAAUAUUGCACAUGCAAAAGGAAGAAUCCAUGCAUUAACUAAAAGUAUUGAAGAAAAAAAAAGCCAGCAGACAAAAGAUAAUAGAAAUUCAAGAUCAAAUCAAAAUGGAAAUAAGGCAACUGGAAAUAAGGCACCACCACAGUUAAAGAAGGAUGUUACGAGGUCAAAUAGCUUUCCAAUAUCACAUGAUAAAUCUAAAAAAGAUUCUCAGUACAAAAGUAAUAAAGUUAGUCAACAAAUGUCUAAUAAAAAUAAAGAUGAAGAAAUGGCUGUGAAUCAAGUAAACAAAGUAUCCCAUUUAAAAAAUGUUGACAGUAAACAUGCUAAUCUCAUACUGAAUGAAAUUAUUGAAAAGGGUAGAGGUGUAUCCUUUGAUGAUAUAGGAGGGAUGAAUAAUGCAAAACAGAUUUUGGAAGAAAUUGUUAUUUUGCCUGCAUUAAGACCUGAGCUUUUCACAGGCUUACGUGCCCCUGCUCGUGGCUUGCUUCUUUUUGGUCCACCAGGAAAUGGAAAAACGCUUUUAGCAAAAGCAGUUGCAACUCAAUCUAAAGCUACUUUUUUUAAUAUUAGUGCAGCAACGUUAACUUCAAAAUGGGUUGGGGAAGGUGAAAAAAUGGUGAAAGCAAUGUUUGCUACUGCUAGAGAAUUACAACCAAGCAUUGUAUUUAUUGACGAAGUUGAUUCAUUGUUAUGUGAGCGAAAAGAAAAUGAAAAUGAGGCUACAAGAAGAAUAAAAACAGAGUUUCUUGUUGGUUUUGAUGGGGUUAUAAGUGACGCUAAUGAAAGGAUUUUAAUAAUGGGAGCCACAAACAGACCAUGGGAGUUAGAUGAUGCUGCUUUAAGACGUUUUGUAAAGCGUGUGCAAGUUCCAUUACCAGAUGUUAAUACACGGAAAGAUAUUCUUAAAAAAUUGCUGUCAAAAGAGUCAAACUGUUGCUUUACUGAGAAAGACUAUGAUGAGUUAGCAAGGAUAACAGAAAACUAUUCUGGUAGUGAUAUAGCAGCAUUAGCAAGGGAUGCUGCAUUAAUGCCUGUCAGAGAAUUAAAAGUAGAACAAAUAAAGACAGUUGAUCCUUCAAAGGUACGUGGACUAAAAUUAAACGAUUUUAUCUCUGCAAUGAAAACCAUUCGACCAAGCAUGUCCGUUGAAAGCCUGAGUAAAUUUGAUGAAUGGAACUCAAAAUUUGGCGUCAUAUAAAAAUGAAUUUUUUUUGUUAGGAAGAAUUAUUAUAAUUAUUUAAGGGAGAAAACCUCUCAAAUUCGAAGAAUUUUUAAAUUUUUGUUUGUGUGUGGCUAAUUUAAAAGUAAAUUUUAUUUAGAAAUUAAAUGUUGAAAACUUUAUUCAUAAAUCACUAUUUUUUGUAAAAUAAAUGACAUUUUUGUAUGAC